UCGGUGGAGUCCAAGUGCCCGAAGAGGACGUAGCCCGCCAAUCACUGCACCGAGCUCGCUGGAGCGCCUCGAGAGGAGGAGGAGGAGGGCAGGGGGAGGGACGAGGCGUCGUGCUGUCUUGUACUUGACUUUUUGUCAACGGCGUUUGAACGCUGCGGCCUCAAGCCCCGAAUGCGGCCAGUUUGUCAACUCCUGCUCUCGCCCCGCGAGUUCGUGCCUCCACCCCCACCCCCUCCCCCUCCCGUACCACCAUCGGAUGGUUCCAGACGGCCUGGCCUGGCCUGGCCUCACCUGGCUCGCUUAUAUGGACUCCUGCAGAUUCAGUAGGAAUGUCUGGGAGAGACUGGCAGCCGCAGUUGCACCCUUCACGGCUGUAGAGUUUCACGUUCCUCAGCGCACUGUGGAUUCGGGUUCCACGCAUUAAAAGCGUCCAUGGUGGUCGAAGGAUUCUGAGACAGAUAGAUUGUCGAAUUGUUGCUGGUGCUGGUGCUGGUGAUGUCGAGUUGUAGUAGUAGUAGUAGUAGGUGAAGGUGUGAGGAGUGCCGAGGAGCAGCGGAUGGUGGUCGAUCGACUGACUGCAGUGGGCCGGCUGGGCUGAAUUUUGUGAGCCUCGGGCACUUCUGGCACAAUGACAUGACACCGUUGGACGCUUCUUCAGGAUUCUUCAGGAUUUUCCAACAUGGCGCCCCACUGCCAUCGACUCUCUUCUCCUCCAUCUGACGGUUUUUCUAUAUUGGGUCUGACGCUCGGAAGUUCCGGCAGCCCUAGAGCUCGAGAGAAAGCUCUGCUCGCUCGUCCUGGAGGCGCUUGGAAGGCGCUGCACGGGGGAAAUAAGUGCUUCUUCAACCAGAUCAUCGUUCUACUCGUCGUCUUUGCGAUUUUAACAACCGUUCUCGUAAUUCUGAACUCUUUUGGCACCCUGCUGGCGUGGCAGCAGUGCAUUUCUACGCGCUUAACUGAUACUCUGUCCAGAGAUGAAAUUCAGGCGUUUCCCGAUAUACUCGACUUACAUAAAUUAGAAAUUUACGACAAUUAUGCUCGAGAUUCGACUGUACCUGCUCCUGCUCCAGCUCCUGCUGCCCUUCCCACCGUCUCGAGAUCAUCCAGGCAGAAGCUUGGAAAGGAAACACCGGCAAUUGACUUCUCAGCGCUGAAGGAGUCAUGGUUUCUGAAUCAGCUGAACGCCACCAAACGCUGUAAGCAGGUGCCUACUGCAGACGUUUACGUGUUCGGGCUCGACAGACCGUCUGCAGAAGGAGUUGUCCGACUGCCGGUCGAUGAGGAUCACGAAAUAUUUCUCGUUUCUUAUGAUCAAAAUGCGGUUCGUCGAUGCAGUGGUGGAGACUACUUCGAGAUCGACUUGGAUGGUGCGGAGUGGAAGUCUCGGCCGCCCAUCAAGGACAUGGGCGACGGCGGCUACGGCCUGAAGCUCAGAGUGGACGGGCGCUUCGCCGGCACCUACUCCUUCAAGGUGGUCCUCCUCUUCGGCGGCUUCAGCGGCCUCUACCGGGCGCCGCAGAAGUUCGCCGUGUUCAAGCUCAUUCUCAACGUGACCAUGGAGUUCUUCGUGCCCGAGGCCGACGCGACGUUCCAGCUCGGCGAGGCCACGGCGCGCGACUCGCUCCCGCUCUGCUCGCCGGCCGAUCUCGAGACCUACCCUUGGCAGGGCCGCUGGACGCGCAACCGCGCUAACGAGUCCUGCGCCGCGGACCGGCACGGCCGGUGGCGCUGCCUGGACCCCGAGGAGCCAUGUGAGGAGCCGUACUGCCAAGGGCCGGUCGGCAGCCUGGAGAGCAACGGGUGGGCUUACUCGGCCCACUGCCACUUCCGGAUCUUCACCCGCGACGAGUCGUGGCGGUGCCUCGGCGGGAAGCACAUUCUGUUCUGGGGCGACUCCAACCACCCCGACACGAGCCGGAACGUCGUGAACUUCCUCCUGGGCGGAAACUCGAGCAACCUGCCGCGAAUCUACGACGCGAAUUUUAGCAACCCGCAGGACCGGGAGCAGCAGGUCAGAUUCAGCGUGGUGUUCAACGGGCACGUGGUGAUGAAGUUCAACAACAUGGGCCUGUCCGUGCUGGGCAACGAGAGUUACCGGGACGCCAUCCGGUGGAUGCUGUCGCCGGAGUCCGGCAACCACAUCCCCGACGCGAUUAUCCUGAACUCGGGAAUUCACGACGGCAUCUGGUGGAAGGACCUGCGGGAGUACGCGCGGGCGGCGAGGGACGCGUCGCAGUUCUGGGCGUCCGUCUGGAGGAACACGAGCGACGACGCGAGCCGACGGCCGAAAGUCGUGUACCGGACGACCAUCGCGCCGGCCGGCCUGAGCCGGAACAUGCCGGCCAACCCUCAGAAGAUGGAGGUGCUGAACGCCAUCAUCGUCGAGAACAUGGUGGCGGCGUUCGGCCGCCACAACCUGCGCAUCGUCGACGCCUUCGACAUGACCUUUCCCUUCCACUACGACAAUUUCUACAGCGACGGCGGCCACUACGGCCGCAUCCCCAACCCCAACUCGUGGUGGCCCGGAGGUCACAUGUACUUCGUCGAUGUCAUGCUCGCGCACAUUCUCCUCAACGCCAUCUGCCCCCUCUAGCCGACGACUUCGCCCUCUUCUUCUUCAUAAUCUCCCCCUUUCUUUGUACACUAGACUGCAGAAGAGAAGCCUUCAGUGACGGGCACUCUCGACCACCGUCGAGAGUCGCACAGAGAAGUCCCCGAACAGCCGAAUACUGUUGGUGAUCAUAAAGUGGAUCGAUCGCACUGUGUAGCAGAGAUCCCCGGCCUCCACAUUCGAAUUAUUGAAUCAUACUCUCAGAAAUCUCGGGGACCUAAUUCCAAACCGGCGUAGAGUAUUACGAUAUUGAGACUGGAUCUUCGAUAUAGACCCAGUGCAGACGCUUUGAGCUUCCGAGUAUCAGAAGUAUCAAUAAUCCUGUCUGUCAUGAUCGUGAUGAACAGAGAAGCCCAAUCGAAAACGUACACGGAAAAACCUUCCUUUAGAUCGGCACGUUUUGUAAACUGGCCCACGGAGUUUCAUGUUUGAACAAAUGUCAUAUUAUCAUAUUAUCAUGAACCUGUAAAGCUUGUGUCGCUGAUUAACAUUUGCCUCACCUUUCUACAUGUCAUGUCUGACGGCCCAGGACCGUUUCACACGAAAAGUAUCGAUGGCCGUGUAAAAUGUAUCAUGCCGCUGCUCACCCCAUUUCACCAUGCACUGCAGAGGAACACAUUCAAACCACCUCGGGACUUCAGAAGAUAUUGGGGUGACAAGUACUCCAACUGUUUUGAGUCCAUCAUCUGUCACUUUUACAUGAAAAGGGCAGUGGCAUUGAGCUUAAGAUUAAAACCUCCGAAUUCAAACACUGACAGAGGAAACAGACUUGACAGGGGAACUAAAGAUUCUGAAACAACCUGAAGACGUCGAGAAACAUGCAGAAUCCUCUGCUUGGGUUGUUCCUCCAACUUGGUUUGAAAUCUGCCGAUGGCUUCAAUAUGACCUUUGCUGUCGCAAGAUUCCUAGUAGCUGCGAGGAAUCUGAACGAGGGAUCCCAUUGUACCAAGCAAAUACGAAAUUAUUGUAGAAAUAAAUCUGUUUUGGCGGCAGAUAGCGGACAGAAUGUCGACAACAGACCAUUGUCAACAGGCUUUUUGCCUCGAGGAAAGAGGGAAGACAUAGAUCGGUGGCAUAGCCAGACGCCAGAAUUUGAAUUCGGAGUAAAAUGAAUGAUAAAAUGUAAGGCACAGGAACCAGUAUGUGCAGCAGGAAUGAUAGUCAUAAUACCAAAAUCUAAAACCGAAAAGAAAACUGAAGUCAUUGCGAGG